AUGAGGCUACGGAGCUCUGAGACAGGAUGGCGGAGCCUCCUGAUAUCAACACUUCUCUAUACUGGCGCAUGGGGAAAGAAAGAUGCGCCUGGGGUAAACUACGCCAAAUUAGAACAUCCACCGCAUAAUUUGCAGUACUUUGACGAUUCCGAUGUGCUGCUGUAUGAAGAUAGAGUCGAUGGAGUUAUAAUGAGAUCGGAGGAUGCGGGAGAGACAUGGAAGUCAAUCGAUGUCGUUCCCAAAGGCAAAGUAAUGGAAUUUUCGAUGCAUCCAUACGAUCCGAAAAGAGCAUACAUUAUAACGUUGGGGACGAAUCACUGGGCAACUAAAGAUAGAGGCAAGACCUGGCAGGAGUUCGAUUCGGAAGCUCAAGCUAGUGUAUUCAGGCCGGCGAUGAGUUAUCAUGCAAGAGAUCCGGAUAGGAUUAUCUUUAAUGCAAUGGACUGCACAGGGAUCUUCUGCGAAGAAUUGACCAUGUACACUACCGCCGGAUUUGACGAACUUACUAAAUUCUUACGUUCUGAUACCGCGGGCUGCCGCUGGGCAGUAUCGUCACCGGAGUUUACAACUGGUCAGAAGGAUCUUGAUAAUGACCGGAUUCUCUGUGUGGUCAAAGGCAGAUAUUCUCCAUGGAGGAAAGACUACCGACUUGUCAUUUCAGAUGACUUCUUCGCUUCAAAAGGCGACGAUAUACAAGAAUUUGAGCCGGAACUCGAGCCAGGUCGCACGGUUCAAGGCAUUGUUGAAGUUGCAACCCAGAAGAAAUUCUUGAUCACAGCUGCAAGUGCUGCCGGUACUGAUGAGAUGGCACUUUACGUCUCUGACGAUGCCAUCAAAUGGCACCGCGCAGAGUUCCCAGUUGAUCACAAAUUGACGCAGGAGGCAUAUACCAUCUUGGAAGGAACCAACUACAGUAUUCAAAUCGAUGUUUUAAAUACGCGCCCACUGAAUGCUAUGGGAGUCAUGUUCACCAGUAAUUCAAAUGGAACAUAUUUCACACGGAAUAUUGAGCACACAAAUAGAGAUAUGAAUGGCAUGGUUGACUUCGAGAAAAUGGCUGGAGUGCAAGGAAUUGUCAUGGUCAACGUUGUUGAUAACUAUGAAAAAGUCCAGAGCAGUUUUCUAACCGAGAAGAAAAUCAAAUCCAAAAUCAGUUUUGAUGAUGGACGAACAUGGCAACCUCUUAAGGUAAAAGAUAAAGACCUCCAUGUUCAUUCUGUAACAGAAUUAGACAAUUCUGGUCGAGUCUUCUCUAGCCCGGCUCCAGGUUUAGUAAUGGGGAACGGCAACACAGGAGAAUUUUUGGAGGAUUGGGAUAAAGCAAACCUUUAUGUAUCUGAUGAUGCAGGAGUUACAUGGCAUAAAGCCCUCAGUGGACCACACAAGUAUGAAUUUGGAGAUCAGGGCUCCGUUCUCGUGGCUGUACAUGAUGGUCAUACGAAUGUGGUCAAGUACUCGCUAAAUCACGGCAAAGACUGGAAGGAAGUCGAGCUCAAGGGUAAAAUGCGCCCACAACAAUUGGUCACAACCUCGGAUUCAACAAGCCUCAAAUUCGUUCUCAUAGGUUUAGAUGAUUCUGACAAGAAGGAUUACUAUAUGAUUUCACUUAACUUUGACGAGAUGCAUGAAGGACAGUGCAAACAGUCUGAUUUGGAAAAAUGGUAUGCGAGAGUUGACAGCGACGGCAAACCGACUUGUCUCAUGGGUCACACACAAUGGUACGAACGCCGCAAGGCCGACUCAGAUUGUUUCAUGAAACAAGAAUUCAAGGAUCCAGUCGUCCAAACAGAUCUUUGCGAUUGCACGGAUGCUGAUUUCGAGUGCGAUUACAACUUUGUCAGAAGUGAUGAUCGCAAAGAAUGUAUACAAAAGGGUGCUUUAGCCCUUCCAGAAGGUGCCUGCAAAGCUUUCGGUCCCGAUGACGUAUUCCUUGGGUCUUCCGGGUGGCGUCUAAUUCCUGGAGAUACUUGCAAGCGUGUCGGUGACAAGCAGAAGGACAGCCCAGUUGAACACAAGUGCGCGACUGCCGUGGGUCCUCCUGCUUCCGGUGAAGGAAACUCUACCGAAUUCACGUUCAAGGGUCAAGCAUUCCUUGACAAACAAUAUCUCGAGAGAACUGGCGUUAGUAUAGAAACCGAUGAAACGAUCGUAGUACAAACCGACCAAGAUACCAUUUGGCUUACUCACGAUCAUGGAAAAAGAUGGAAGCAAAUCUUGAAGGAUGAGAAAAUCGUUCGAAUCUACACCAAUCAAUACUUUAAUGAUGUCGUGUUUUUCUUGACGAAGACCGAGACUGUUUUCUACUCUGUCGAUCGUGGAGAGAACAUUAGAAGCUUCAAGGCCCCUCAUCCACCAAGUCAUGACACUGCCGCAAUGAAUUUCCAUCCUAGAAACAAGGACUGGAUUAUCUGGAUGGGUGAGAAGUGUGAUGGUCCGGGUAACUGUCAUACGGUAGCUUCACUCACACAAGACCGAGGAGAUAGCAAUUGGAAAACUCUCGAGCGAUAUGUCCGGAAGUGCGAGUUCAUCAAAGAAGCUGCAAAUCAAAAACGUGACGACAAACUGAUUUAUUGCGAGAUCAGAGAACAUGAAAAUAACGAAGCUAAUAAUCCAUGGCAACUGGUCUCGAGUACGGACUUCUUCUCUGAGCCUCCUAAAGUGCACUUCAACAAUGUGGUUGACUUCGCUACGAUGUCCGAGUUUAUCGUUGUCGCCACAAAGGAUGACGAGCACAAAACUUUGAAGGUCGACACGAGUUUUGAUGGAGUUAACUUUGCCGAUGCCAAGUUCCCUCAUGGUUUUGAGAUCGACCACCAAGUUGGGUAUACUGUGCUCGAUAGCUCCACUCAUUCUGUUUUCCUUCAUGUCACAACCAAUAAUGAGGAGGGCUCCGAAUAUGGAACUAUUAUCAAGAGUAACUCUAAUGGUACUUCGUAUGUCCUGAGUUUGAACGCUGUGGACAGAGACAGCGCUGGUUAUGUGGAUUUCGAGAAGAUGCUUGGUCUUGAAGGAGUUGCCAUGGUCAAUGUUGUUGCGAAUGCAGGAUCGAAGAACUUCAAGAAGGAGCAGAAGAAGCUAAAGACCAUGAUUACCCACAACGAUGGUGCAGAAUGGGAUACGUUGAAGCCUCCCGCACAAGGUCCCGAUGGAAAGAAGUGGGGAUGCAGUGGAUCAAUGGAGAAAUGCUCAUUGAAUAUUCAUGGUUACACUGAGAGAUCUGACAAAUCCCACACAUUCUCGUCUCAAUCUGCAAUCGGGCUAAUGAUGGGUGUUGGUAAUGUUGGGGAAUUCCUGACCGACUACAGAGACGCCGACACAUUCAUCACCACGGAUGGUGGUAUCAACUGGAAAUUUGUCAAGAAGGGGGCCUACAUGUGGGAAUUCGGAGAUCAGGGAUCAAUUAUUGUCAUCGUGAAAGAGCGUGCAUCCGUCAAUGUCGUUCAUUAUUCGCUGGAUGAAGGAGAUACUUGGAUUGACUACAAGUUCUCCGAUUCUGAAAUGAAGGUUAACGAUUUCACUACGGUCCCGAGCGACAACUCUCAGAAUUUCAUCCUUUGGGGUGUGAUCAAUGGUGACCUCACAGCUAUCAAUCUCGACUUCUCUGGUUUGAGAGAUAGACAAUGUAAUCUCGAUGAGAAGGAUGUCGAAGGGGGAGACUAUUAUCUCUGGGAACCAAAACACCCCAAGCAAGAUGAUGACUGUCUCUUUGGCCAUGUUUCGCAGUAUCAUCGGAAGAGGGCCGAUGCCAAUUGUUACAAUGGAAGAAUGAUUCCUGCUCUGCACAAUAUCGCCAAGAACUGCACCUGUACCAGACAGGAUUUUGAGUGUGAUCAUAACUACGAGCGCCAACUUGAUGGAUCUUGUGCCCUCAUCAGAGGUUACUCGCCACCGGACCACUCCGAAAUAUGCCGAAUUGAUGAAAAUGUGGUCGAAUACUAUGAACCCACAGGCUAUCGACGAAUUCCUAUCACCACCUGCCAAGGAGGAAAAGAAUAUGAUGUCAAUGAUAAAGCAUUCUCUUGCGCUGGACACGAGGACGAAUUCAACAAGAAACAUGCCGCCUCUGGCUGGGCUAUCUUCUUUGCAGUCAUCAUACCAAUCGGUAUUGCUUUCGCUGUUGGAAUCUGGGUAUGGCGCAACUGGACCGGAAAAUUCGGUCAAAUCCGUUUGGGUGAACAAGCUUCAUUCGAUGGAGAAGCGCCAUAUAUCAAAUACCCGGUGAUGUUCGUCGCGGGAGCAGUAGCAGUCGCCCAAGCAAUCCCACUCCUGGCAUCUUCACUCUGGCGCUCGGCUUCGGGUGCGUUGGGUAGAAUUCAACCGGCGAAUCGUAGAUUUACUACGAGAGAUAGUUUUGCGAGGGGGAGAGGAGAUUAUGCGGUGGUGGAUGAAGAUGAGGGUGAACUUUUGGGGGAUGAUAGUGAUGAUGAGGAUGGAGAUGAAGAUAGAGAUGAGGAUGAGAAUGAGGAUGAGGAUGAGGAUGACGUGGGUGGUAGCCUAGAUUAA